GUCUUAGUGUGACAGUUCGAACCUCGGAGAAUAUGGCGGCGCUUUUAGAUGAUGUUAUACGGAAAAUGGAACAGCUUCUGAAUGGAAAGGAAGCAGCUGUAGAGGCGCUGAAGAAUUCUGCAGAAAACGCCAUGAAGAAGUAUGGACCGUACAAGGAUUUUAUUGAUUUUAAGGAUGUACAGUACAUCAACGCGAAGGAAGUGAUCGUACGCAAGGACCUGGACAACAUGGACGAGGAGUCGAGAGAAGAGAUCACCAAAGCCAUAAGCUAUUUGCCCACUGAACCUACCUGGAACUUCAAGCCCGAAGGGAGGCAACCUCUGCUUAAUACAAAUAUCAGUUCCAUCCAUGUUCCAACCAACAUUUACGAUAAAUCCAUGACAAUUCUGAAUGGCAUCCAUUGGACUACAAACCUGACCCAGCAGUUCGUCGACAACAAUGACGAAGACAGUUCUCUAAGGUGGCAAUAUUUCUGCAGUUCCGAUGGAAUUUUCAGAAUAUACCCAGGUAUGCAGUGGCCAAGGGAGGCCGACAAAGUUGAUACCUUUGACUGCAGAAUAAGAAGAUGGUAUAUUCAAGCAGCCUCGUAUCCAAAGAACAUUCUUAUCCUGCUUGACUCCAGCGGUUCGAUGAAAGGGAUGAGAUAUGCCAUAGCCAGAAACACAGUCAACAAAAUACUAGAGACGCUCAGUGAUGAGGACUACUUCAAUGUCAUUCAGUUUUCUGACCAGCCCAGGUACGUGGACGAAUGCUUCAACGAUACUCUGAUGGCAGCCAGCGUUGACAACAUUAAAAGAAUGCAGAAGAAAAUUGCAGAACUCGAGGCUAAGGAGUAUUCCAACUUUGAAAAGGCUUUAACCAAAGCAUUCCAACUUUUCAGAAAGGAGCACAUGGAGUUUAAGGAACACACCUUGUGCAACAAGGCGAUUAUGAUCAUCACUGACGGCGCCCCAGAAAAUUUUGAUUCGGUUUUCGACGAAUUUAACUGGCCAGAAAAGUCG